CAGCCAAAUCGUAAUAGUAUUAAAUCCUGCUCACGAGAGAAUGGCCAGCGACUUUAAAAAACUAGAAAAAUCCAUGGAGUGUAGGGAGAAGCAAGGGAGACGGUGACGGAAUACAAUGGAGGCGGUUUUGUUCACCGAGAGAAAGUGGAAGGAGAAGGAUAAGGAUGAUGCGGAGGAUGUCAACGGCGCCUGCGGGCUACAGAGGAAGGGUUGGAGAGGUUUCAAACUUAGCAAAGUGACUCCUGCGAUGGGGGUUGAGGACGCCGCCGCUUCCAUUGCCAUCGCCGGAGCAGGAGAAGGGAGCCGGAUCGUUUACCUCGAAGAAGAUCAAGGAUUAUGGAAGUGUCGGCAUUGUUCCUGGACCUACCAAUUACUUGGCUCCGGCAUAGAACCUCAUAAGAAACACCAAACCAGUUGUCAAGUGGCGAUGGAAUCCAGAACAAUAACACAAAGUCAAGAUGAUCAUUUCGACAAUCCUAUGGUCAUAGUUGAACCAUCCUCUUCUAAAAUAAUUUCUCAGAAUGGCCAAAUUAGUGGUGUUUCAGCUCCACCAACUACUGUAAUCAUACCCCAGGGUGAUGUGCAAAUUCAUGUCAGUAAUCGGAUCUCUGUGGAAACUAGAAGAGAGAAUGAAUGGGAAGUGCUAAAGAGUAUUGUCUACGGAGGCUUGAUUGAAUCAAUCGUCAGUCUUGGUGUCGUUUCAUCAGCCACUGGAGCCAAAACCUCUACAUUGAAUGUUGUCUCACUGGGAUUGGCAAAUCUUAUAGGUGGUUUCUUAGUGAUGUUUCAUGAUCUCUCCGAAAUUAGAAGCAGUGAAGCCACUACUCAAAAUGACGAACAAUCUGACCUCUAUUGGAAGCUCCUCGGUAGAAGAACAAAUUUCAGCCUGCAUGUAACAGUUUCCUUACUAUCAUACACCCUCUUUGGUCUCCUUCCUCCAUUAAUCUAUAGCUUCUCAUCAAGAGAGAGCACUGAAAAGCUCAUCAUAGUUGCUGCAGCCUCACUACUGUGCAUUUCUCUACUCUCAAUAGGAAAGGCUCAUACAACUGAACCAAAAUCUUAUUUCAGAACUUUUAUUUACUAUCUUGGACUUGGCCUCACAGCCUCUGGGCUUUCGUAUGCAGCUGGAGUUAUGAUUAGUAGAUUUCUGGAGCAGAUUGAUUUGUUUGAACCUAAGGCUCCAUUGGCCUCUUCUCUGAAGCUUUUUGGUGCAGACUCUGGCCUGAUUUCAUGGGCAUCUUUGUAAGGACGAUGCUGAAAUAGUAAUUUUGUGUUGACUGUGAUGUAAUUUUCUUAAUUUUCAUAUGUUUUUAAUACACUAUUGCUUCAUUUA